CGAGUCAGCUGAAAAUGUCUGGAAAAAGUGUAAUGAACAAAUUCGUUCUAAGGAAUAUUUCCCAACGGCUCGUGCAGUGCAUGUACGUGUGCGUGUUCUACCUGAUACUGGUUUGCAUGCUCGAUACAGCCGGCAUAGGAGCAGAUAAGAUGCCGCAGGAGGACAUUUCCGUCGUGACCGAGGUGGAUGAGCUCUCCCCCGAUGGAAGCAGCAGUGUACCGACCGAAGGCAAGGGACUGCUUUCGUCCGACAUUGGGUUCGUGCACGCAUUUGCUGCCUCGUUCAUGGUGAUCAUCGUGUCCGAGCUUGGCGAUAAAACGUUCUUCAUUGCGGCAAUCAUGGCUAUGCGCCAUCCGCGAUUGACCGUAUUUGCCGGUGCGAUCGCUGCCCUAGCCCUUAUGACGGUGCUCUCGGUACUGUUCGGUAUGGCGGCCACGCUUAUACCGCGCGUUUACACAUUCUACAUCUCGACGGCACUCUUUGCCCUGUUCGGCAUUAAGAUGCUGUACGACGGUUACCACAUGUCGGCGACCGGAGCGGCCGAAGAACUCGAAGAGGUGCAAUCAGAUCUGAGAAAACGCGAAGAUGAGCUCACACGUUCGAUGAGCGGGAGUCGCAAGGAAACGGUCGAACUCGUCCCGCUCAGUGACACCGAAGAGCCGCGCGUGAUCCUGCCCCGCCGUCAUACCGGUUCCAACAACGGUUCCAUCCAUUCGCUGGUCGAACAGCAGCAUCAGCAGCAGCAGCAGCAGGGCCAGAGCACAACGUCUUCCGGUGCGACGCUUCGGUUAUCGGCGUCCGCUGCCCAACUUACCACUGCCGGUAACUCCGGCCCACUUCAGCAACACUCAUCCAUAUCUCGAAGCAAGUCUGGAAUCUCAACCGAUAACGGUGUGAACGUGGGUGCUUCCCCCAUCGACACCGGCAACGGUAACAUCAUCAUUGCUGACGAUGUUGUUGACGGUGAUGGAGGCGGAGGUGGAGAUGGAGGUCCCUGCGCCCCGAAAAGUGGAGGAACGGUGCUGGAAUCUUCCCGCAGCAAGCUGCUACUGCAGGACAGUGGCGAACAGCGGCAACGGCUGCGAACCGGGGCCGGUAGCACCGCUGGAACGGUGCAAGAUGGCCAUGCCACCAGCCUCACUUCGGUGGUGGUAGCUAGUACGACGGCCAACGGUUCAGCCAAUCAGCAUAAAAUGCACGAACGUGAAGUGAACGCCGGUGGUAGCUUAAUGGGACAGGAUGCAGAAUCGGGCGGUAGCACCAGCCGACGGGGGACGGGCCGUGGACGGAACAACAGUGCGCUCAAGAUGCUGCUGCGCAUCUUCAUGCAAGCGUUCACGAUGACGUUCGUGGCGGAAUGGGGCGACCGAUCACAGCUGACCACCGUCAUCCUGAGUGCGCGCGAAAACGUUUACGGCGUGAUCGCGGGCGGUAUUAUUGGACACUCGAUCUGCACCGGACUGGCUGUGAUCGGUGGGCGCAUGGUUGCCCAACGAAUUUCCGUCCGCACUGUGACGCUCAUCGGUGGUGUUGUGUUCCUGAUCUUUGCCCUAAGUGCACUCAUCUUCGGCCCAGGCGAAGAAGAACCCAUCAAAGUGCCUAUUCCAUAAGGUGUUACCGCUUACCACAU